AGCCCUGUUCCUCAUAUCAUGGUAGUAGUAUGGGAGAUGAUGAUAUUAACAUGUGGUCGGGAGCAAUGGAUGAAGGACUGCUGGGCCAACAUCUUGCAGAAAGUGGAGUGGAAAUAGAUCCUGAAAAUGAAGAACUCAUUCUGAAUAUUAGUUCUCGACUACAAGCAGCUGUUGAAAAGCUUCUGGAAGCUAUCAAUGAAACUUCAAAUCAGCUUGAACAUGCUAAAAUUACUCAGACAGAACUCAUGCAAGAGUCCUUCAAAAAGCAAAAAGAGGCCACAGAAUUCAUCAAGUAUCAGGAAGAACUACAAGAACGUCUUCAUGAAGAAACCAAAGCCAGAGAGCAGUUGGGUUUGGAGCUUAGUAAAGCUGAAGGCCUCAUUGAUGGUUAUGCAGAUGAAAAAGCAUUUCUGGAAAAACAACUUCAGGAAAAAAUAGAUAUAAUUGACCGUCUUGAGCAAGAACUGCUGUGUACAGGUAACAAAUUGCAGGAGUUAGAGGCUGAACAGCAGCAGAUUCAGGAAGAAAAGGAGUUACUCACCAGACAGAAGGAUGCCAUGAGAGCAGAUGCGGGGCCAGUAGAGCAGCAAUUGCUGGAGGAAACAGAAAAGCUAAUGAAAGAAAAAAUUGAAGUACAGCGUCAAGCUGAAAAAGAGUAUGACGACCUUCAGAAGCAAGUGAAAGUCUUGGAAAUAGACUUGGAAGAACAGGUCAAUCGUUUCAUAGAGCUAGAGCAAGAAAAAAAUGCAGAACUAAUGGACGUAAGGCAGCAAAACCAGGCUUUGGAGAAGCAACUUGAGAAAACAAGAAAGUUUCUAGAUGAGCAAGCGAUUGACCGAGAGCACGAGAGAGAUGUAUUCCAACAAGAGAUUCAGAAGCUGGAACAACAGCUUAAGAUUCCACAAAGGAGUCAGCCUGUCAAUGAACAUCAAACCAGAGAGGUUGAACAGUUAACAAAUCAUCUAAAAGAAAAAACAGACAAAUGCAGUGAGCUUUUGCUCUCUAAGGAACAACUUCAGAGAGAUAUACAAGAACGAAAUGAAGAAAUUGAGAAAUUGGAAUGCAGGAUAAGAGAACUGGAACAAGCCUUAAUCAUCAGUGCAGACAACUUGCAAAAGGUGGAGGAAAGGAAGCAGUUUGGCACCAUCAUAGUAAAGGGAGAAUUACCUCUUGAAAUACAGCUGCAAGCUGAACGAGAAGCUGUGGACAGAAAGGAAAAGGAGGUCACGAACCUUGAGGAACAACUGGAGCAGUUUCGAGAGGAGCUAGAAAAUAAAAAUGAAGAAGUUCAGCAAUUGCACAUGCAACUGGAAAUUCAGCGGAAGGAGUCCACUACACACUUGCAAGAACUUGAAUGGGAGAACAAAUUGUUUAAGGAUGAAAUGGAAAUACUGGGCCUAGCUAUCCAGAAAUCUGAAGAUGCCACCAUAAAGGACCAUCAUUUAGUGGCUGGGAGGCUUGCUCACUUCAUGCAAGAAAAGGAGCAGGAAAUAAAUCAUCUUCAUGAGCAAAUUGCAAAACUGCAACAGCAACUUGAAGUCACAACUGACAACAAAGUUAUUGAAGACCAAAAUGAGCAUAUACGGGAGCUUGAAGCCCAGGUAGAAUGUCUGAAAAGUGAUCAAGAACGUGUGAAGAAAAGAAAUUAUGAUGAAGUAGAGCAGUUGAAUGAUGCAGACAUUGCUGCUUUUCAAGAAGAUGCUGACAGUCUGAAACACACACUUGAAGCAGUUCUGGCAGAAAAGAAAGCUUUGGAGAAGCAGUUAGAAAACAUAAAUGUAGAGGCAUCUCAAACAAAGAAUGAGCUUGAGGAAACCAAGUUAAAAAUGAACCAGCUAAAGCAAGAAAUAAGUAUGUUAAAAAAAGAGUAUGAAAGAAUAACAGAGAAGUAUAAAUCUGCUCUGAUGAAAGGUGAUAGGGAAAAAGCAGAAGAUAGGAGCAAUGGGAAAACUGAAAAAGUGGAAGAAGGCUUAUGUGAGAAGGUAGAGUUGCUAGAUCAGUCCCAGCUUAGGUCUUCAGAUGAGAAUGCAAGAGUCACCAUUAGCAAGAUGGAGGUACAACUGCAGCAACUUCAGGCAUGUAUUGAGGAAAAGGAUUCAGAACUGUGCCAGUCCUACAAUGAAAUAAAAGACCUGAAAGACCAAGGCAAAGCUGAAAGAGAAACACUUAAAAAGAAGAUAUUAGAACUGGAGAAGACACUAGUGGAAAAAGUUGCUGCUGCUCUUGUGAGUCAGGUUCAGCUAAAUGCAGUUCAAGAGCAAAGGAAAUUCAUGCAGGAAGUUCCGGAAGCUUCAAAAUGUGUGGAGGAAGGAAGCAAGCAUGCCCAAACAGAGGGAUUGAGUGAUAGAACUGAAAAUGAGACAGGAUCAAAAUUAUCACUGUUAACACAGAGGCUUAGUGAGAUGGAGGACCAACUGGCAAUGGUAAAUUGUAACUUGGAGCUAGAAAAAGCAAAUGUAGAACUUGCACAAAAGGAAGCUAAAGUGAAAGAAGAGAGACUCUUAGAACUUCAGCAAUUUCUAGAAGAGGUUCAAGAAAAACACAAAAGAGAGAUUCAGAAAUACAUUAAGCAAGAAGAAAUGCAGACAUAUCAGGUAGGAGCACAACUCAUGGAAAGUCAAAAAGAAAAUGUGCUUAUUAAUGAACUUGAACUACAGCAAGUUAAAGAAGAGGCAGCUGCUGCUAAGGAAGAACUGAGCAGUUAUAGAGAAAGGGCAGAAAAACUUCAGCAAGAACUAGCAGUUAAAGAAGCAAGUCUGAUACAUCUUCAGGAAAAUCUGUUCAAAGUCAAAGAGAACCUAGUUCAAGUGGAAGAGAGGCUUGCAAGUUACGUGAGAAAGGACAAGAAAAUGGAAAAAACUGAAAGUAAAAAGGAUGCAGAAAUAUUGUGUGAUUUGUCAACCAGUGAGUCUACUCUAAUUAGAAAAAGCUCAUCAUCACAAACAGACAAGACCGUGGAAAUCAACAGCUGUAUCCAGACUUCACCAGUCUUUGUUAAAAAUGCAGAAAUCCAAACUGAUUUGCAAAAUGAAUGCUCUUCAGAAGAGAUUGCAGAGAUCAUAAAGGAAUUCACUGAAAAAAUUGACCAAAUGCAAGAACUCCAUGCUGCUGAAAUCAUGGACAUGGAGACAAGGCAUAUCUCUGAAUCUGAAGCAUUAAGGAGAGAGAAGUUUGUUGCAGUGCAAGUGUUGACUGAAGAAUGUAACACUUUAAAGGAAGUCAUAGAAACUCUACAAGCUAAAGAGGCAAUCUCACCUUCUGGAUUAGCACAUUCUCCACCGUAUCAAGCUAGAGAUGCAGGUUCUAGUGACUCCAAUUCAGACUGGAGUCAAGGAAUUUAUCUUACUCAGACCCAGGGAUCGGACACGAUAUCUGAAGGAAUAGAUGAAGGUGAAACUUCAACAGAUUUACUUCCAAAAAAAAUUAAGAGUUUACUGAGAGCAGUCCAUCACGAAGGCAUACAGGUGCUGUCUCUCACUGAAUUUCCAUAUGCUGAAAGAGAGAUGCCACCUCUUAAGCAAGAGCCAGAAUCUUGGCUUGAGGAAAGGAAAGCUUUUCUAAGCACCAUUUCAUCUUUGAAAGACCUAAUUGGAAAAAUGCAACUUCAUAGGGAAGCUGAGGUCUAUGCAAGUUCUGAAUGUCCUGAAGAUGUCUCAGACUGGCGAGGAGAACUUCUUUGUGCUGUUCAGCAGCUUUUUGUGAGGGAACAAAAUGUUGUUCUUGCUGCAUUUCAAACUGAACUUGCAGAACUGGGCACAAGAGAUGCAGUGAUAUUGAUGAAUCGGUUAGAGCACAUACUACAAGAGCAGGCUACUAACCAGAGAGCAGCAAUGGACUGUCUUCAGAAUGCAGACAGAAGAAGUUUGCUGAUGGAGAUUCAAGUAUUACAUGCUCAGAUGAACAGUAAGAAAAAUAAUCCAAAGAGAGAACAAGAGAUUGAUUCAAAAAGCCAAGAAAUGCUGGAGUAUAAUAUGCAGCAGAAGCAGUCGCAGAUACUGGAGAUGCAAGUGGAGCUCCGGAGUAUGAAGGACAGAGCAGCUGAGCUUCAGGAACAGCUGAAUUCAGAGAGAAUGAUGGGUGCUGAGCUGAAGAAUGAACUUGCACAAGCCAAACUAGAGCUUGAAGCAACCCUUAAAGCACAGCACAAGCACUUCAAGGACCUAGAAACAAUCAGGACUGAAGUUAAAGAAAAAGCAGCUGAGCUAGAUAUUCUCAAGGAUACAAUGGCCAGUGAACAGAAAAAAUCAAGAGAGCUACAGUGGGCUUUGGAAAAGGAAAAAGCUAAAAUUGAACGCAGUGAGGAACGAGGAAGAGAAGAGCUUGAGGAUUUAAAAUUUUCACUUGAAGAUCAAAAACGAAAGAACUUACAGUUAACAAAACUUUUGGAACAAGAGAAACAGCUGUCAACUGAUCUGCAACAGAAGAUUGAGUCCCAAGAAGCGCUCAGUGCUGCCCAGCUGUCGUGUGAACGAGGCCGUAAUUCUGAGUUGCAGGUGCUUCUUGAAUCAGAGAAGGUUCGAGCUCUCGAAAUAAGCAGUGCUCUAGAAAGGGAAAAAGAGCUAUGUGCUCAGCUUCAAAAUGCUGAAGAUAAGGGACAAGCUGGAACACCUAGUCCAUCUGAGGAAUUACUUAAAGAGCUACAGAAACAAAUGGAUGAAAAGCAUGGCCGUAUAGUGGAGCUAGUAAGCGAGAUGGAGAAAUACAAACUGGAAUCUGCGCAAGUAAGACAGCAAAUGGAAAAAGAAAGGCAGAUCCAGAGGAAAGCAUUACAAGCAGAACAAGAUGCUAACAUAAUAGCACAGAAGAAACUCCAUGGACUGGAGUCCAAAGUAGAAGACCUUCAGUGGCAACUUGGAGAAAAGAAGCAAGAAGUUCAUAAACUAAGGAAUGAAACAAAGAAGUUGCAGGAAAUAACCCAAGAACUACAGAAAAAGGAGCAGGAGAAUGAGGGAAGAAGGGGAGUCGAAAGGACACCAAGCCACAAUCCAAAUGAGACUACCUGGGAUACACCUAAUGACAGAACAAGAAACUGGGUUCUCCAGCAAAAAAUGAAAGGAGCUGAGACCAGUGAAUCGACCUACCCCACACCGACGGGAGGAGAUCUGUCUGCUGCUACUGAAAUUCUGGAAAGUGUCAGACAAAAGCUGCAAAACGCAUCUCCAAAGCUGAAGCAGUUGGCUAGGAAAGCUGCCAGCAGGUUACAGUUUGAAACAGCAGAUGAUCAAGACUUCAUUGCAAUACAAAACGCUGUUGAAGAAGUUAUUUUAGAGCUGCAAAAGCUGCCUGGAUUGUCCUACCUGGAAGAGCUGAAGGUGGUGCUGCCACCCGGGACUCCCUCAAGCUCAUUGACUGAGAGGCUACUGAGACAAAAUGCAGAGCUGACGGGCUUUGUCAGCAGGCUGAGUGAAGAAAAGAAUAACUUGAGGAAUGCUGUUAUGAAACUGGAGGAAGAACUGAGAAGAUACCGGCACAGACAACCUUCUGGAGACUACUCUUCUCAGCACUCAUCGGAUGUUGGAGUUAAUAUCAAUUCUCUAGUUGCCUCUGAGAAGGAAACUUGGAACAAAGAAAAGCUGUCACUGCAGAAGUCUUUGAAACAAGCCGAUGCGGAGCUCUCCAAGCUGAGAGCAGAGCUCAGGAGCGAAGCUUUCCUCAGAGAACUGGGAUCAGAUUCUGAAAAUGCUGUUUUAAGGAGAAUUUAUGGCAAAUACCUACGAGCAGAGAGCUUUCGGAAAGCUCUCAUAUAUCAGAAAAAAUACUUGCUGCUGUUACUAGGCGGAUUCCAGGAGUGUGAAGAAGCCACACUGGCCCUUAUUGCACGGAUGGGUGGACAACCUUCCUACACAGACCUUGAAAUCAUCAUACAUCGUUCCAAGGGGUUUACACGAUUUCGCUCUGCAGUCAGAGUGUCCAUCGCAAUUUCAAGAAUGAAGUUCCUGGUUCGUCGAUGGCACAGAGUUACAGGUUCUGGUAUACUGAGUAUCAAUAGGGAUGUCUUUAGCCAGAGUACAGGUAGUGAAGUGCGGCCUGAUUCAUUCUCUGGUGGUGUAGAUCUUUAUGGAGAACAAAGGCAUUCCUAUAGAUCCAGGUCAGUCAUGGAGUCUCCUAGAUCUCCUGUAGACUUUCAACAUAAGUUGCACAGUAUCCAUGCUGAUUUGAAUCCAGUCUCUUUCGCCUGUUCUCAGCUCCAGAACUAUGAUCCCGAAAGAGCUUUAACCGACUACAUAAAUCGGCUGGAGGCACUACAAAGGCGACUUGGCAGCGUGCAGUCAGGUUCGACUUCAUACACUCAGUUGUACAUGGGUAUGAGAAGAUAAUACCCUUUCAGCAUCUCCAUCAUGGCAGUGCUGUUAAUGGAUUGCUUUCUGUAAACCCGUGCUCUUUCUGUGCUUUUGUAUAAUGUGUAUAUUGUGGGACCAAUACAAACACAGCUAUACGAUUGUAUACACUUCCAUCCUGGCACACCCACAGAGACUGGGAUUUAUGUAUAUAGGCACUUCUAUGUCCAUGCAAAAAAAAAAAAAACCCACCAAAAAACCCCCACCACACCCCACCAUUAAAUUACAUGUAUAUUUGUGGAAUGCUAAUUUAAAUGAUUAACUUAUGAUGUGUAUUUAUCAAAAGGGUGCAAAGAUGAAACGUGUAUUAAUGAAAUUGAGCUACAUGGAGCAAAGUUUACUUGCACUUUUUUCUGGCAAGGCUACUGAAGUUACAUGCCUCUCGUAAUAUUUGCUACUGGCAGUACAGACAGAAUAUCACUUGUAGAGACCUAUUUUUGUAAUGGUAGAAGUUUUGAAUUUUAUGGAUAUUUUGUCAAAUUACUGAAAUAAAGAUGACUUCAUGCUU